AGCCUGCCCUGACUCUUGACCUGCACUCGACUUGACUAGGCUGCUCGCCUGCAUCGCAUUUGUACACCACUGCUAGGCGAUCGCUGCCUCGAUGGUGAAGACGGCAUCUACAAUACGGCCCGAACUUUGACGUGAACGCUUAUUUCGCUUACUGCCGUGGCUCGUUGUCUCCUGCUUUCUCGAUGGCUCCAAUACGCGACAAAUUCACCAUUCACUCGAAGGCUGUCGUGUGCCAGGAUGUGGAACUGAAAGGCGAUAUCACCAUCGGCUCAGGGACCAUAGUGCAUCCCAAAGCCACCAUAUUCGCCAUUGCCGCGCCCAUCAUCAUUGGCUCGAAUUGUAUAAUCGAAGAAGGAGCCAUCAUCGUGAACAGACGGAAAGACGUUAUGCGCAUCGGCGACGACAACUUGUUUGAGAUAUCUUGUCGCGUGGAAUCGCCCACCAUUGGUAAUUUCAACACAUUCUCGACGCGAGCUCGUGUACACCACACUGUCCGAGUCGCCUCUUACUGCGUCAUCGGCGCGGCAUGUUUGGUUGUUCCAUCGGAAGACCAAGUUCUGGAGGAUUACACGGUGAUCUAUGGCCCAGCUGCGGAACGCCGGAUAUGGAGUGGCAGGGGUAAAGUUCAAGAGGCCGAUCUACGCAGGAAGCAUGCCGAGUACCUGCGUGAGAUGCUGCCGAAAUUCAACCGUCUUAGGCGAGGCGAGGGUGCUUGACCAUC